ACCAAGUUGCCAAUGUGACAUAAAAAAAAUGAAGAAAUCUCAAUCACAAACUCACAGUCCCAACAAUAAUUUUUGUACUCCAAUAAACUAUCUCUAUAUCCUACCCAAAAUUGGGUCCAUGGCCAAACUUUUUUGGCUUUGAUUUUUUCCUUCAAGAAUCCCCCUUUCCCAUUUCAAGAAUCACUUCUUGUUUCUUCAGUUUAAUCUCUUGUUCAAAGCAAAGUUCAUGUCUUUUUGCUUCUGGGUACUUCUAAAAGUGCUUGAUUUGAGGUAAAAAACUAGUAGUUUUUUUCAUUUCUGCGUGUAUGGAUUUCAGUGUUUUCUCAAGUGGGUCAGAUUAGUUUUGAGCAGUUAUGAAAAAUUUGUGGUAAAAGAAUAUACUUUUUCAUUUAAACUUUCAGUUGCUAGUGAAAUUUGAAUAUUGUACUCAUUUGAGGAAAUGGGUUGAUUUUGGUUUAUGGGGUUGUGAGUUUGUGAUCAUCUGAAUAGUUGAUGGCUGCUCUUGGGGGAUUCUUGAAUUAGUCAAUAUUAAAUUCUACUUGUGGUAUUGUGUCGGUGAGAGGUAGCAGGUACCCGGUUGAAUAGUCGAGGUGCGAGCAAGCUAUCCUAGAAACCAUCGUCGUAAAAAGGAAAUAGUACUUUGUUGUAUCUGUGCUGGCGAGAGGUAUCAAGCAUUCGGUGCAGUAGUCGAGGUGCAAGCAAGUUGGCUUAGACACCACCAUCAUAAAAAAAUACGUACUUUGUUGUAUUUGUGCUAAUGGGAGUUAGUAGAUAUUCGAUGGAAUAGUCGAGGUGCGUGCAAGCUGGUCCGGACACCACCCUCACAAAAACAUAGUACUUUGUUGUAUCUCUUAAAAGACUAGAAGGGGAGUAAGUGGAAGAGGAGGGGCGGACCCAUUACCCCGAGUUUCGACCAGAAGAGGUGUAAGUGGAGAAAGGUAGAGGGGCGGGUCCAUCAUCCAAGAGUUUCAAGGGCUGCGGUUGGCCCUAGACGGAGUUCUCGGUCAUAAAAAAGCAGUACUAGAAUUGGAUGAAGAGAGAGAAAGGUGAAGAGAGAGUAAUGAGGCCAAUGUUUCCAAGGCUUCAUGUGAAUGAUACAGAGAAAGGAGGUCCAAGAGCACCUCCAAGGAACAAGAUGGCUCUUUAUGAACAGCUUAGUAUCCCUUCUCAAAGAUUCAACCCUGGUGAUUUGCCUCUUAACAAUAAUAGUAACACUGUACCUCCUUACUCAAGUCAGGGGAAUGAACAUGAAAGAGGUGUACUUUUCUUGAGACAGCUUCCUGAAUUAAGACAUUCAGUUGAGAAGCCACAUGGCCGCAGUUGUGGUUCAAAUACCCCGUUGCAGAAAGUUGAGUCUAGAAAGCAAACUGAAAAGAAUGAUUUUAGAAUUCCCACGUUUGGUAACUUCAAGGCGGGUCAGGGACAUGGGAAAUUUUAUAACAAUCUUGAUAUGGAAAAGCUCACUCCCUCUAAUCAAGCGAUUUCAGGGUGCUCAAACAAAGAAUUCAAAGAAAUUACUGGUCUGAUUACGAGACAGCUUGGUAAAAUCCAGAAUGGAGAGAACUCCAAAGAUCAUGCAAUAAGCCGUAAAUGUACCUCAGAUUCUUUAUCUACGGAUAAGGCAGAAGGUAGUUUGAAGCAAACUGAUAAAUUGUUGCAUUUCAAACCGAGAAAGAAUCAUGCAAAUACCUUUGGUGAAUUACAGAUGACCAAUAUUGUACGGUUACAAUUCAGACCUGAUUCUCGAGUUGAUUGCACUGUCUUUGCCGGAUCUGCCAUGGAUGUCGAUAAUGAAUCCCCUGAAGACAAGACAUGUAAAUCAUCCCAAACAGGAGAAAUGGACCAGUGUGAUGACUUAUCAGAGACUUCUAUGGUGGAGUGUGUAUCUAAAAUGGACAUAUCUCCCGAUGAUAUUGUUAGAAUAAUAGGACAAAAGCAUUUCUGGAGAGCAAGACGAGCUAUUGCCAACCAACAGAGAGUGCUUGCAGUCCAAGUAUUCGAGUUGCAUCGACUACUCAAGGUCCAGAAACUCAUAGCCGGUUCGCCAAAUAGUAUGCUCGAAGAUAGUUCUUCUUUAGGCAAACCUUUAAAGAGGUUGUCUACUAAAAGACUUGCAUUGGAGUAUAAACGCAAAGCACCUGAAAAUGUUUCGAAACAGAAGAUUGAUUCCGAGAAGCCCAACUCUAGGAUGGAAUCCAAUGCCGAAAAUGAUGUAGGAGAGACAUCUCUUUCUUGCCGCAGACCACUUUCAGAAACCCCGUCAUCAACACCGGUAAAACACGACUCCCACAUGGGUCCGUUGCUCUUCAAUCAAUCUUCGGGGCAGCAAUGGUUAAUACCUGUGAUGUCUCCUUCUGAAGGACUAGUAUACAAGCCACACCCUGGACCUGCAUUCACGAGUCCAAUAUAUGGCAGUUGUGGACCCCCGAUUCCAAUGACGGGAAAUUUUUUAGCUCCAGCAUACUAUCAACGAACGGGAGCUCCUUUCGCACCUCCACCUAGUCAUGGCUACUUUCCUCCGUUUGGCAUGCCAGUUAUGAAUCCAGUAAUCCUGUCUCCAGCUAUUGAUCAACCAGACCUGGUUGCUGCAACGGGUUUUCAAGGUCAGUUAUCGGGAGAUCAGGGAGUGAAUUUUAACAUUCAACAACAGAACUCAAGUAAUGUUGCGAGAGAGAAUAAUGGAGCCGUGCCAGAGGUUGUGAGAUUGUAUCCCUCUAGAGAUUCUGAGUUGCAAGCCAGCACUGCAAGUAGUCCAAGUGAAAGAGGUCGUGGAGUAGACGUUGGAAACUCCACCGGAGGAAGAAGCGUGUUUCCUCUGUUCCCAACCAUUCCUGCUAUUAGCAACCCCGAUAGUAGCCCCCAGCCUCAUUUUCCCAGUCAUCCUGCUAGAGUUAUCAAAGUUGUGCCUCGUAAUGCCAGUACUGCUACAGAAUCUGCUGCUCGGAUUUUUCAGUAUAUACAAGAAGAGAGAAAACAGCAUUGACUCAGAUUUCUCUCAUCUAUAGCUAUACAGAAAACAGAAUUGACUCUUUUUUCCCUCAUCUUAAGGUUGUACCUGGGCUGUGAAUGUGACCAUGUACCUUUGAUAACUCGGUCGAUGAGCCUUUUUAGAUAAUAUACAGUGUAUAGUGAUUGCUUCUUACCAUGCUGUACACUUAUUUCCAUUUUGUUGUUUGUCCUCAUUGUGAAAAUGGACAGAGCUAUCUUAAGAUAUGUCUUCGUUCUAGGCCUCUUCUUUCGAAUGUAUUUCGAGGUUAACUUUUCAUUUGCAAUGUAUUUCGAGGUUAACUUUUCA